AUGUGUGAGGAUAUAAUUAAUGGUUUAUUAUUCAAUAAUCGAUAUUAUAUACCAUCGGAAAUAUUAUCAUUAAUAUUAAGUAAUGUUGACGUGAAAACAUUAUAUAAACAUUGUACGUUGGUGUGUAAACUUUGGAAUGCAAUUAUUAAAGAAUGUGUGUGUAAAAUAAAAUGUGAACAAGAAUUAACGAAAGAUCAUGAAAACAAAUAUAAAUUACAAUGGUUACGAGAAAAACAAUAUCCAUAUUAUGUGUAUCAAAUAAUUUGUGUUUCAAAUAAAUCAUUUUAUAAAAAUUUAAUAAGAAAUCCAUGUGGUAUGGAACGCUUUAAUUAUUGGAUAUUAGAUACUGAGAGACGAAUGAAUAAUUUUACAAUCGAAGAUUGUACAUUAUUUGAUAAUAAUAUUUGUAAAAUUGAUGAUGAACUGAUAUCCAGUAAUGUAACUAAAUGUUUUACGAUAAGAAACUGUGAGCUAGGUGGCAGAUUACAGAUUAUUGAUUUAUAUAAAUACGGAUUAACACAACAAUUCAUUGAUGAAUAUCAACCACCAAUUUACGUAAGCGAAUGGUAUGGAUGUCGGCGUGAUAAUAUAACGUGUAUUUAUAUUUUAUAUGCUAUAUUAUUGGAUGCCAAUUAUGAAGAGAUGGAUAGUUGUAACUGUUAUUAUUCAUUUCAUGGCAAUAAUGAUCGAGGGAGAUUUGGAUCUUUUCAAAAAGUUCAACAUAUUUUUAAAGAUUAUGGUAAAAAUGUCAGAUAUGUGUAUUUUUAUUCUUGGGGUCGAGGUUCUACUUCAGAUUCAGAGGGAUGGUGGAAUAGAUAUUGUGGUCCAAAAUUUACAAACGCAAAUGUACAAUUGUUUUAUCCAAAUGAUACACAUUUAGAUAAAGAGAUCGAUGAGUACUCACAAGAAUCAUAUCAUGAAGGCUGUUUAAACCAUUGUAAACUUUUAUACAAUGAAUACAUUCCCAAUUAUUGGGGUUGAAAAAAUUAAUUCAUUAAAUUUUAUAAUUGAUU